CAAAGUUCAGCUCCUCCCUUCGCUGUCUCCUCGGCCUGCGCCGCCGCUCGAGGUCCCGGCUCGGCUCCUUCCGCUCCGCCGCUUCCUCCGGAGAGCUGCCCGGCAAGCCGCCAUGGCGAACUUUCCCGACACGAAGCUGUACGACAUCCUGGGCGUCCCUCUCGGUGUCAGCGACAGCGAUCUGAAGAAGGCAUACAGAAAGUUAGCCAAAGAAUACCAUCCUGACAAGAAUCCAAAUGCCGGAGACAAAUUUAAAGAAAUAAGUUUUGCAUAUGAAGUAUUAUCGAAUCCUGAGAAGCGAGAGUUGUAUGACAGAUAUGGAGAACAAGGUCUUCGGGAAGGCAGUGGUGGAGGUGGUGGCAUGGAUGAUAUUUUCUCUCACAUUUUUGGCGGAGGAUUGUUUGGCUUCAUGGGCAAUCAGAGUAGAAGUCGAAAUGGCAGAAGAAGAGGAGAAGAUAUGAUGCAUCCACUGAAAGUGUCUUUAGAAGAUCUGUAUAAUGGAAAGACAACCAAACUACAGCUUAGCAAGAAUGUACUCUGCAGUGCAUGCAGUGGCCAAGGUGGAAAAUCUGGAGCUGUUCAGAAAUGCAGUGCUUGUCGGGGUCGAGGUGUCCGCAUCAUGAUCAGACAACUGGCUCCAGGAAUGGUACAGCAGAUGCAGUCUGUUUGUUCUGACUGUAAUGGAGAAGGCGAGGUAAUUAAUGAGAAAGAUCGCUGUAAAAAAUGUGAAGGGAAGAAGGUGAUUAAAGAAGUGAAGAUUCUUGAAGUUCAUGUAGACAAAGGUAUGAAACAUGGACAGAGAAUCACAUUCACCGGGGAAGCAGAUCAAGCCCCCGGAGUGGAGCCUGGAGACAUUGUUCUUUUGCUACAGGAAAAAGAGCAUGAGGUUUUCCAGAGAGAUGGGAAUGAUUUGCACAUGACAUACAAGAUAGGACUUGUUGAAGCUUUAUGUGGAUUUCAGUUCACAUUUAAGCAUCUUGAUGCUCGUCAGAUUGUGGUGAAAUACCCCCCUGGCAAAGUAAUUGAACCAGGUUGUGUUCGUGUAGUACGAGGUGAAGGAAUGCCACAGUAUCGUAAUCCCUUUGAGAAAGGUGAUCUUUACAUAAAGUUUGAUGUGCAGUUUCCUGAAAACAACUGGAUCAACCCAGACAAGCUUUCUGAAUUAGAAGAUCUUCUGCCAUCUAGACCAGAAGUUCCUAAUGUAAUUGGAGAAACAGAGGAAGUAGAGCUUCAGGAAUUUGAUAGCACUCGAGGCUCUGGAGGUGGUCAGAGGCGUGAAGCCUAUAACGAUAGCUCUGAUGAGGAAAGCAGCAGCCAUCAUGGACCUGGAGUGCAGUGUGCCCAUCAGUAAACGCUACAAGUUGCACAGGUGGAUUUUCUUUCCAUAUUUGCCGGAUUUGCCAGCUGCUGGAGUGUCUGAUUAGUCCAGAUGAACUGAUGGACAUCUGUUGAUCUAUGUGUAACUUUUAAAAUUGGUAUAGUAUCCACAGAGUGUACAAUUUAAACUAACCACAAAGCUUUACGUCUUCAUUUCGACUGUUCUGUAGCAGAAUAAAGCACUUGAAAGAAGACUCCCUUUCACACAUUGGUUAUAAGUUUCAGUCUGUGCUUGAUUUUUACCAGUUUUGUGUAGACUUUGUUUCAUAUUUUAAAUUCAAAUCCCACCUUGUAAAGUUUGUACAAUUUGUCCUGAAGCUUUGUGUUUGGCUGCAUCUGCAUAAGCUGCUACAAAUAGAAUAAAAAAAUUCAUAGCCUGUAUCUAUCAUUCAGAUGCAUGGAAAAAUGGGCUUUGCACACAAUGGGUUCGGAGCUGACUGGGAACAAUGGAAAAAAUUACAUUAGCCAUGGCUGUAAAGUUUUGGGGGCUUUUUAAAAAAAAUUUUUUUGUGUGAAAGGUUUCUGAAACUUGAUAAUAAAAAGCAGUUGGUGUACAUUAUUCUGUGUCACAUUUUUAGAAGGAAAAACAUAUUUUGCAACUGUAAAAAAGUAUCCUUAAUCUGAAGGAUGACUGGUUCUGGUUUUUAAACAGCCCUUAAAACCCAUUGGCCUGAAGGUUAUGCUUCAGGUACCUGCCCAUUUUAUAGUUUUAAAACUCAAAAGUUGGUUGAAACAGGCUUUAUUGAUUUCAGUUGAUGCUUUGUAGAGUGGAGGACAUCCAAGUUAUGUAACUCCUAGGUUAUCCUGAACAUUGGGGCGAGCCCAGGCCUCUGUUAUCCUCUUGCAGCCCACUUAAAAAUAAGGUUAACAGAUUGAUAGUAGAACCAUGUUUACACAGAACCUGUUAAAAUGCUGUUUUCAUUAAAUGUUAUUAAAAAGAAGCUCUGUCUCCAUUAAGCUGAAUAUCUGAAACUGGGGGAAACAUUGACUAUUUGAUUUUCUAUGUAGAAAACUAAGACUCUUAGGCUAGCAAACUUCACAGUGGCUGAACAUUACCAUCCCACCAGCAGUGCAUCAGGAUUCCAUUUGACCUACAUCCUUGCCAGCACCAUUUUGAUUAUAGCUGUCCUAAUGGGAUGAAAGGGUGUGUUUCCACCUUUCAGUAAUUACCGUUUCACUCCCAGAGUAAGUAUCUCUAGGACAUGCCUUUUUGAGGGCCAAGAGACACCAAGUACAUACCUUCUACAUUUGGAGAGGAACUGGGAGAAAGUGAAAACUUAAGAUUUUUAAAUGCAUUGUGGCAUCUCUUAGCCUAUCAGUACUUGAGUAUAUUUCUAAAUCUGCUGAAUGGGAAAAAAAAAAAUCUUGACACUAAUCAAGGCCUGUGAGGUUUAAAGUAUUGCCCUAUCC